CGUGUGUGAACCCACAUGUGCUCGAUCGUUGGCCUGGGCGAAUGAGUCACAGCCGAUGCUGCAAGCUCGUUCCAGUUAAAGGACACCUGUUGGAUGUUGGUAAAGCAAAACUCUGUGGACAACGAUCUGCACGGACAUGAGAGGUUACCCCUCAGAGCCCAGACCAGCACACCCGCCGUUGACAUCAUGGUUCUUCUUAGGCACAACAAGUUGCAGGAAAUAUGUAGAGCUAAUGUAGUGACGUAGUCGUCGAGCAGACGAACAAUCAAUCUAUCGUUCGAAGCCAUUCCCUCCGAUUCGUCCUGCAUUGGAUUGGAUUGGAUUGGACUCGAAGAGCGCCAUUAGAUCGCACUCGAAGAGUGGGGACGAUGAUGAUGACUUCGAGCAAUUCACCGAAUGCGCCGUACCUUCGACACGCCAGGGAACAUCAGAAGGCGAACGAGGGAUGGACGGUGACAUUGAAGAUUGCAAUCCCCAAGCCUCGGCACUGGCUAGCUUGCUCCACAGGGUGGAUCGUGCUUUUCAUCGUGUAUCUCAGUAGUACCCUCUGGGUGAGUGGAUUCAACAGACAUCCGUAUUUGUCGAGCAAUUCUUCCGCCUUCAGCAAGUACCUCCAGGGACCUGUCACCAGGUUUCCGGCCAUGAGAGCUGUCCACGACCCCGAGGAGGUGUACGAGGAGAUGCUCGAGCCCGGCACAGACUCUGAGGACCCGUUUCUGUCAAAUGCAGCGAUGUCGACCUGGUCCCCCGUCGUUCCCAGUACGUCGUCGGACUCCAUUCCUCUUUCCGUAUCGAGAGAGAACAUCGAGGCCGUGGGGCUGACGCUGCCUGGGACGGAUCCAUCCAAUACGAAGGACGCAGAGGUCGAGCCCGGCAGGUAUCCUGCACCCACCAUGGGUUCUGAGGACCUCGUGGAGCGCGAUCGACUUUCGCCCUCUCUAGUGCCUUCCACUGUGACGCGGAAGGCACCGGCCCCCUACAUAGGAUCCCGUCAGGCCGGAGAUCAUGAGCCUGCAGAUUCGGCCGAUGUUGUGGACCUUGAGUACGCGGAUCCACCUCUGGCGAAUGGUUCUCCUGGCGAAGAAUUGGACGAGAAAAUCUUCCCACCAGGCAGUGCUCAAGGCGAAUCACUUUGGAUCCAAGGGCGGAUAGAUGACGCACAGUCCGUGGACACGAGUCAUUCCCCCGAGGUUUCAAGAGUUGAGGCGCCCAUGAGCAGUCCUGCCGAGGAAGAGCACAGGGUCGAGCACAAGGAAGCGAGUGAAGACGGGCCAGCACCAAGUCCUCAACCAGGUACGCCUGAGAACUCCAGCACUUCGUCUUGGACGGAAGUUGCUCCCAAGGCAGCGAUGGAAGAUGGAGACUCACUAUCCUCUCCGACAGAGUCUUCGAGUUGGCAGCAACAGCACAAGGAAGCGAGUGAAGACGGGCCAGCACCAGGUCCUCAACCAAAUGCGCCUGAGAACUCCAGCACUUCGUCUUGGACGGAAGUUGCUCCCGAGGCAGCGAUGGAAGAUGGAGACUCACUUUCCUCUCCGACAGAGUCUUCGAGUUGGCAGCAGCAAGAGGAGACUGGCAGAAUUAAGGAGCACAAGGAAGCGAGUGAAGACGGGCCAGCACCAAGUCCUCAACCAAGUGCGCCCGAGAACUCCAACACUUCGUCUUGGACGGAAGUUGCUCCCAAGGCGGCGAUGGAAGAUGGAAUCUCACAUUUGUCUCCGACAGAGUCUUCGAGUUGGCAGCAACAAGAAGAGACUCCAAACGCAGCAACCGUAAACGUUACCGAUUCAGCUAUGGCUCCAGGUUCUUGGAAGAACUUUUUUCCUGCAGAGGAAACAAAAGUGGAGACCCCAUCAUCUGCAGCUCCCACUUCCGAAGGCGAGCCUGAGCCUGAGCCUGAGCCUGUCAUCAGAGCAACAUCCAUCAGAGGAAGAAAGGCAGUUGCAGCCUUUCGUACCUACUUCGACUGCGUCAGUGAAUCUGGAAAAUGGGUUUAUGACCCCACACCCCGCCCCCUUCCCUGGAGCUUUGUUGGUGAGAGGUACCUCACCAUGUGCGACGGCUACCACGAAAUGCUUGGGGGCGUCUAUGGAGAGCAGGCCGACCGCAUUGCCCUGAGUGGAGAUGGCAAAUGGGAGGUGCGCGAAGCGCUGAAAUGGGUCUGGCAAUCAAACGACACCUGUCCCUUGCAGCGGGUAGCUAGAGAUGAACUAUGCAGGAGGCUAGGACCGAGGAGGAACGUCAUGGUGGUCGGAGACUCGCUCAAUCACGGGUUAUCAUGGUCGAUCAUGAACCACCUGAUCACCAACGGAACGGGGUACGCGCGUUUCAUGAACUACGACAGGACCACCGACGGAGUGUAUGAGAUGUGCGCAGACAUAUUCGGCCAAGGCAAUGGCUUCAAAAUCUCCUUCGUGCGCAACGAUCGUCUGUCGUUGGUCUCCGCCCCGGUCUACGACGAUCGGAGCAACUUCCACGAGUACCCGUGGAUGGACCUCGUCGGGACCUACGGCGUCAAGAUCCUGCUGCUCAAUCGCGGCGCGCACUACGAGAACGACACAGUGUACGAGCGAUCACUCCGAGAAACCUUCACUGCUUUGAGGAAGACGUAUCCGGAUGUGCAAGUCAUCUACCGGAACACACCACCUGGGCAUGCCAAUUGUACAAAUACGACUGCAGUCCCACCUCUGGCGCAACGACAGGAGUUCGGGUGGGAUGGAGUGAAGUGGCCGGAUUUUUACUCGUGGGGACUCUUUGCGAGACAAAAUGUUCUGGCUAGGAAGAUUGUAGAGGAGUUUGAGUACAUCUAUAUGGACGUGGAUACCAUGCUGGCCCUAAGGGCCGAUGGCCAUCCCCAUCCCCAAGAUUGUUUGCAUUAUUGUUUGCCAGGGCCUUCUGAUAUAGGCGUGCAACUUUUAUAUAACAUGCUUCCUUUUCUGUAGCUGCUGUAUCCUGUCAGUUUCUCCAUGGCCUCUCUCGGUCCGCUGUCAUCUAACUUCACCGACUCCUUGGAAAUGCUUGGAAUUCUCAACCCUGGUCUCCUUUGCUUCCGCCUUUACAGGAAGUGGAGUCACGAUUUACUUAAUUGAAUUGCUACUUACAGAUGUGUCACGGCCAAGAACAAUAAUGUUGCGCCGGAAGAGCUUUUAGGACCGACGGGUGGAAGGAUUGGAUAGAAACUGCAAUUGUUUUUUCUUUAGCCUCCCUCACAUCCCUUCUUCUCUACAUGGAGGAAUUGGAGAACCUAUUCCUGAAGAGGGAUGGAGAUGCUCCAGAUUUGCAAGGUCUUCAUAUCCUAUUUUGCGCAGACGACAUUGUACUUUCUCUAGAUCUCCAACGGGCUUCCAGUUCUACGUCAACGCUCCCCGUGGUAUCUCUUGUCAAAUAGGCGUGUCCGUGAAUGCAAUAAUCUAAGCAAAAAUAUCACUUUUGGUACACAACUUAUAUCAGCUAAGCAACGUUUCACAUAUGCUGAGGCCAUUGCAGAAAUAGUAUCCGAAUUAGUUCACUUGGGUUGUAAGAUCGCUUUCCACAAAGAGGUGGAGGCAUAGUGCAUCACCCACCAAGACAGCAGUUGGGUCAGGUGCUUUAUUUCAUCUUUCAAGACCAAAUGCACAAGUAUGGAAAUGUGGAACUAUAUCUGUGAAACGAUGGUAUCAAGCUGCACCUAGGAAAUAUUUUCGUCCGAAUCAUUUUGUGAUACUAUAGCAACAUCGACUCUCAAAAUUAUCAUCAUAGCCUGUA